CCGACCACACCGUGCGUGCGACACACGCGCUUGCGUCGCCGCGACGCACGUGCUCCCUCGGCGGCCGUGUGUUCCGGUGCGUCGCCCCUGUGAAUCUGUGCAACCGCUCGCUAGUGUCAGCCAUUGUGUUCCGACGGCACGCGGCGUCCUCGUGACGUCACCGGCACAUUCAGUUGUCUCAACACAGCAGCGGCGGGUUUCGCGUUUAUUGCUCUGGAGUGCUGGCAUUUGCAUACUCGCUUUUGUUUGUGACCGUCGUGCUACCGUGGCGUCGGUGUGUGCUGUGUAGAUACUCGGAAGAUUUGAGGGCAUACAAUUCGUCGUCUGUGUCAGUGUUUACUUGCAGUGUACUAGAAUAUUUCUCACCUGUGCGCCAGUGCAAACUUCAUACAUCCUGUAACGUGUAGCUGGUGUUGCAGACCAAUAGUGAAACAGCCAGUGAAUUAACACGCUUAGGCAUUUUCCAUUUCGGGCAGUGUUACCCGCCGCGGUGACCUCAGACUGACCAGGUGAUUUUGUGUCGGUGCGCACCCUUGACCUUGAGCGCCGAGUGGCGACAAAAAACGGCGACUAAACGAAGGUAGAAUUCCUCAGGCACGGCAACGCCGCAGGAAUCGAGAUUACAGCCGGAUUCGCCUUCGCUGCUCGUAACACUUCUAGAGAAAAGGGAAUUCUGUGUGUGACAUUAGACUCCGGGAGUGGCUAGUGAAGAAUUAUCACGUUAACGUUCUAAGCUCUGCCUUGUGCCAAGUCGCCAGUGACGGACGUGUUUUGGUGUAUUUAAGAAAUUGUUCAGGUGUUGAAUUGUGGAGGGAAAUUAGGGCUAAUGAUGUGAAGUACAAGAGGUGCUGUCUGAAAGUUUACAGUGGCAAUUUUUACGCUGUUGUCAUCGAAGAAACCUACCAUACCAAUGAAACUUUACUGUACACUAGCUUCUAUACAGAGGUGCGUUAAUUUGUGCAUUGUGUUUUGAGGCAUAGAAGUGUGAGAAAAGAAAAGUAGUAACUGAAUCGUAAUCUAACGAUAUUAAGCACGAGGCUCAGUUGUGUAUUUUUGGCAGUAACGUUACGUCGAUGGAGCGUGGAUUGCUUUGAGGUAAGGGAGUCGUUCGAAACUGAAUAAAUUGAAGACGAGGCAGUCGCAGAUGAGUAAGAAGUGCAGAGUGAUUAUUUGUGCGAGAGCUGGUGUAGCCAGAGAGUGACAGCAGACAGGCAGUGAGAGAGAUGGCGGCUAUGCUGGGCAGCCUGGUGCAGCGGCUGCAGUCGCUGUCGCCGACGACUUCCCCGCUGAGCUCUCCGAAGGCGUCGCGACGCCGGCGUCGGCCGGGGCGGCACAGCGCAGAGGAGUACCGGCGAGAGGUGCAGUCGGAACCGGAGGCGGACGACGACAAGAAGACGCCGGGGGCGGGAGCGGGGGGCGGCGCCCAGCUGCUGCCCGACUCGCGCCGCCACAAGGCGGGGGCGGCGAGGCGUCGCGACGCCGCCUCCGCAGGCCUCGGCGUCCUGCAAGGCUCCAAGAGCCUCGGCCGGCUGGACGGACUCAAAGAGGUAAGACUAAAUUGCGGUCAGUACUUAGAUGGAUGCUACAAGGCGACAGAGGAAAGGUAAAGUGCUGCCACAAAA